AUGGCGCGCAUUUGGAUCGUCGACCCUCCUGGUCUCCAACUGCCUGCCUCUGGCGGUCGAACCUCAGGUGCUGGGUUCGAGGACCUCAUGUACAAUUAUGCCAGCGAACGGCUUGCUCAGCUGAUGCAGGACACGAGUUAUUGGCUCGAAAAAGCCCGUUAUGAAGCGGUAGAUGCUCAACAUUUUAUUUCUCUUUUUUGGCUGUUGAUUUUGCAUCUCGUAUAA